UUUGCAUGGUUUCUGGUGUCUCUUUGGUAGUAGAGCUGUCCGAGACUACAGAAGUGCAGUCCUGAGCAUCUUGGGCCAAACAAACCAUUAAGCUUCAGGAUGAGUUCAAUAUUGAAUGAUGAGGUCCUUAUUAAAGUUGGACCGCGAGGGGAUAUUCUGAGUGGAAAAACAGAAUGGGAUGAAUCAAGUUACGGAAAUGUGAAGCAGAUCUUUAUAACUCAUGGAAAUGCCAUAAAUUCGAUCCAAAUAUUGUAUGACUUCGAUGGAAAUUUAGCCCUUGCACACAGGCAUGGAGGGGAUGGAGAUAACUUCGUCUGUAUUAAUUUUGAAUCUUGGGAGUAUUUGACAUCCUUAACUGGAUAUUAUGGGCCCAUCGAGCAAAAGGGUCCACUGGUCAUACGAUCGCUGACAUUUGAAACCAACGGUACCACUUAUGGGCCAUACGGUCAAGAAGAGGGUACCCCUUUUCAUUUCAACUUCCUGACGGGCGUCAAGUUUGGUGGAUUUCAUGGACGUUGCAGUAGUAAUUUUCUCUCCGCCAUCGGUGUAUACGUUAAGACAAUGGCGAAGCGCUAUUUCAAGCCUGAUCCCCCUCGAUAUAACAUCACACCGUGUUUGUGUUCUUCCACGGCAGAGUUGCCAACAUGCGUUCGACCAAGUUCUUCUGCUGCUACACCUGCACCAAGUUCUGCUGCUGCAAUACCUCGUGGGGCAUGUAUAUCGUACUGAUUCAAUCUCAAGCUCCGAUUCCGUGUACUCGUGAUAUAAUGUGGUCAGUUUGGAUAUGUAAAUAUUUUUACUUAUGAGUUACAAUAUACUAAGAAUAAGUGCUUCUUAAGAAAAUGAAUACCAAAGUUAGUUUGUA